AUGACCCACCACGAUUUGGGAAUCGGGACCGAGACCCCCACCACCAUCAACCAUGGAUCAGCGGUACGCCGCUCAACUUCCGGAGGACCGCCGAGACAUCCUCGGGCCAGUGGUGGAGCGGUGUGCAAAACGGGAGGAGGAGGGAAUGAAGAGCGGGUGGCUCUAGGACCCAUGCGAGCCUUCCUGAGCAGGAGGUGGGAAUUCUCCUCCAAGGCAGCAGGAGCCCGAACCCAGCCUCAGAGCUCCUGCGGAGCCCGCAGGAAGAGCCGGGUACGGCCCCUCCGGAGCCGCGCACCCGGCUGGGACCUGCCCGCACCCCGCAGAGCCAUGAACCGGCUCCCACAGCUGCUGCUGUUGGUCACCACAGUGGUCGUCGUCUCCUGUUCUGGAUCACACGAAGAAAACUCUUCUUCACCAAAUCCAUCUCAGAAGCGCUCCCCGGUAAAAAAGAGGAUGGUGUCAUUGCAUCAGCCUUCUAAACCAGAAAUCUCUUGUAUCAUCGGUUCAAGCUGUUCAUGGGUGACGUCUGCAGACAAUUUUGGAAAACCGGACUGGGUGUUAUCUUCAGUUGGUGUCCUGGUUUCUCAGGAGAGGCAGCAGCUGGUUCUGGAAAACAGUUCCUCCCGUGGAGAUGUUGAAGGGGACAUUUUCCUCCUGAACACCAGUAGGCUCCCAGAUAGAUGUGAGUUCAGCCUGCAUAGCCCCAUCCUGCCUGGGAGCUUGGACUCUUGCUUGCUGGAACUGGCCAUACAUUCACAGGAUGCUGUUCCUCUCCUCCAGAGAUUCACAGUUGAAAUCAGAUAUAUGGAGACAAACAGAAAUACAACAAUUUCUCUGAGAGUUGGCCAUGAGGAGGAUUCCGGGGUGAAAUGGAAAUACCUGAUGGCCCAGAUUGGCCGAAUAGAAAGACGUUUUAGAAUCACUUUGCUGUAUUCAAACUGUGAAGCACAAGAGGUUGGAGUACUGGCAGUGGGCUCCUUACAACUGAGGAACUGCUUUCCUGAUAAAGAAAACCAAGAUCUUUCUAUAUAUGAUAAAGGCUCCACCUUCCCCUGCCUUCAUGGAGGCUGUGUCAGCCACCUACAAAUCUGUGAAUUCAUCAGUGAUUGCCCUGCCAAAGAACAGGAAGGAGUGAGGUGUGACAGUCUCCCAGAGGGCUCACAUUGCUCUUUUGAAGAGGGUCCAUGUGGCUGGACACUGAAUGAAACUGCAGCAUCUCCUUGGUCUAUUCGGAGCUCUACUGAAAUGAUUCAGGAUGACUCAUUUGUAGGGUCUACCUUGCAAGCCACUGGAGGACACUUCCUCUACCUGCGAGCAGACAGCAAUCAGACGAGCGGUAUGGCCAAGGCUUACAGUAUCAGCUUGCCAGCCAGUAUUGCCACUGAAGACUACCAGAUCCAAUUCUCAGUGCAUGUUUUUGGCAGCUACAAUGGUACUGUCUCCUUCUCUGUCAAGGAAGAGAUAAAGGGAGCUCCAAUCACCUUGCCAAUGUGGGAAAGAGCUGGGAGCUGGAGUGACCACUGGUUUCUCAUCACCUUACCAAUGCCAGUGCUUCAGAACCGGUUUCAACUGCAACUCCUGGCAACCUGGGGCUGGAAUUCCCAAGCUGACAUUGCUAUCGACAAUAUUACAUUUGGACUGGACUGCUUCACUGAUGGAAGACAACCAAAUCAUUUUGGUGGGAAGCGUCAGUACCCACGGGAGAUUGGUAUCCUGGACGAGCAUCUUCUGAACCCCCUGGAAGAGCCCUCCCUCCCAGGGGACACAUCUGUUGUUUUCUGGUGGUUCACAACAUGUGGUGCCAGUGGUCCACACGGGCCAACUCAAGCUCAGUGUGACAGUGCCUAUAAGAACAGCAACGUAUCGGUGUCUGUGGAGAAAGAGGGCAAGCUUCGGGGAGUGCAAGUCUGGAGAGUGCCAGCCACAAACCGAUACAGGAUUUCUGCCUAUGGAGCAGCUGGAGGGAAGGGAGCCAAAAACCACAAUAAGAGGUCCCACGGGGUUUUCAUCUCGGCCACCUUCCAGCUGGAGAAAGAUGAGCUGCUGUACAUCUUAGUGGGGCAGCAGGGGGAGGAUGCCUGCCCUGGGGGCAAUCCUGAAACCCAGAGGAUCUGCUUAGGGGAGUCAUCUCUCAUUGAAGAUGAUUACAAAAAAAAAAAGGACUUGAAGGAAUGGGCUGGAGGAGGUGGGGGUGGAGGAGGAGCAACCUACAUUUUCAGAAAUAGAGAACCCAUAUUCUGUGGUGGUCUAGAAGUCCCCAAGACUACUGCUACUAGUAAUGCUUCUGAAAAGAGUCUGGAAAACAUCGAAGGCAGAAAGCUGUGUCGUGGAGUCCUACACAACAAGUCGCAGUAG